AAUUAUAACAAUAAAGCUAUAGCGGUAUCCAUAUAUUUCCAACCUCGAUUGAUUCAUCGAUCGAUCGAUCGAUCCUGUUCUAUAGUAAUUAAGAAAAAUGGCAUACGAAGAGGCCAUUGAAGGACUUAAUAAGCUACUCAGCGAGAAGAAGGAGCUGGAAUCAGUGGCAGCGUCGAAGAUAGAGCAGAUAACAGCUGAGCUACAGCAUCCCUUCAACCCUCUAGAGAAGGUCAGGGCCGGUUUCACCCAUUUUAAGACCCAGAAAUAUGAGAAAAAUCCAGAUCUGUACGGUGAACUUGCAAAAGGCCAGAGCCCAAAGUUCAUGGUGUUUGCAUGCUCGGAUUCUCGGGUGUGCCCCUCGCACGUGUUGGAUUUCCAGCCAGGAGAGGCUUUUGUCGUCCGCAAUAUUGCCAACAUGGUUCCUCCUUAUGACCUGAUUAGAUACUCUGGAGUUGGAGCAGCCAUUGAAUAUGCUGUUCUCCAUCUUAAGGUGGAGACAAUUGUGGUAAUUGGGCACAGCUGCUGUGGAGGGAUUAAGGGGCUCAUGUCCAUUCCAGAUGAUGGAUCCACAUCCACUGCAUUUAUUGAGGACUGGGUAAAGAUCUGCUCGCCGGCCAAGACCAAGGUCAAGUCUGAGGCGGCUGAUGCCGGCUUUGCUGACCAAUGUGUCACUUGUGAGAAGGAAGCAGUGAAUGUGUCACUUGGGAAUCUGUUGACAUACCCAUUCGUGAGGGAUGGUCUGGCCAAGAAGACACUGAGCUUGAAGGGAGCUCACUAUGACUUUGUCAAGGGCACUUUUGAUCUAUGGAAUCUUGACUUUGGCAUCUCUCCUUCUCUAUCUACAUGAUCAUCAUCAUGAGAU